ACCUCUGACCACAGCCCCCUUACAAAUAUAAAAAAAAAAAAAUCUAAGCAACAAAACCAACCACUAACCUGUUUAAUUCAGGACUCCUAUAUUCCUUCUCUCCUUCUCUCGUUUUCCUUUUAUGUCCAUGGCAUCAACAUCAACACCAGGCUCAUCUUCAGAGCUAACUAUCACAGUGGAACGCAACCCUUCAAAAUCACGACUAUCAGAGCUGGGUAUAAAUUCGUGGCCCAAAUGGGGUUGUCCUCCUGGGAAGUACAUGCUGAAAUUCGACGCUCAAGAGACGUGUUAUUUGCUGAGAGGGAAGGUGAAGGUUUACUCAAAAGGCUCGUCUGAGUCCGUACAAUUUGGUGCUGGGGACCUUGUGACCAUACCUAAGGGACUUAGUUGCACGUGGGACGUAUCUGUUGCAGUGGACAAGCAUUACAAAUUCGAGUCUUCUUCCACUCCUACACCUUCCUCUACAUGUUGUGAUCAAAGCUAAAGAACAUUUGAAUUUCUUUUUUCGUUUUUAUUGUUUAUCGUGCUUAAUAUUCAUCAGGAAAAGAUAAGGUUACUACUUCUA